AUGUUUCCACGCCAUAAUUUUGAAGAGUACAAAGAUGUUGAAGAAGCUCAUUAUUCUUAUAGGGUUCGUGAUCGAUUGAGGAAACAAGUACUUAGCCCCUUGCGCAAGGCAUUGGAGUGCUCAACGGCUGCGAAACAGAACAACAAGUCAUCAUCAUCAUUCAAGAACCGAAAGGCGCUGAUUGCUUUGGAAAUCUACAGGAAGAUCAUUGGUUGUGGUGUUGGUGGAGUCUAUGAUGAAAGCAAAUUGUCAUUCAAAAUUUGCAUGAAGCUUGUGGACAUGCUAUUACGAAAGAAAACUAUUUUCAACAUGUGCUUUGGUGACCAUCUAAAUCUUCCUCACCAGGUGGUGGCCUCAUUGGAGAAGGAACAUGGCGGCUGUGAUGAUGAGAUUGCAAAGCUUCAAUGGCGGAGAUUAGUCCACGAGUUGCAGAACACAGGGAAGCUCAGGAAUUGUAUUGCAGUGUGUGAUCUCCCGGAGAGCAAGAGAGGGACAUUGAAGGAGAUGGUUUGCAUUUCAAUGGGUUGUUGGUUUCGGAGCUCAGCGAAAAACCAUGGCAAGGUUAUGUUUUCUCGUUCAGCGAUUUCCCAAGGCUGCACAAAAUUGAAGGAGACGAUCUUAAGUCCAAAUAUUGCCAUCGCUGAAGGUAAUGCCAAGGUUCCUAAAAGGAUAUUUGUGUUCACAUACAGGGAUUUUGAGAAGGCCUCUAGGAACAAUUGGGUGCGGGAUUUUAAGGAGGCCUUGGAUAAUUACAGAAAGAGAGGGUAUUUUAAUGUGCCACAUUUGAUGUUCUGGAAUCUUAAUAACCCAAUUGCUAAGCCUGAGGAGAUUGGUAGGCCUGUGAAGAAUCACAAUGUAGGGACUAAACUCACUGGGUUUUCCAACACUCUGCUCAGUCUUUUCUUCAAAGGCGAGAUUGAUUCGAGAACAUAUGCAGGUCAGGUACAUGGUGCUUUUGGUGGGAUUGAUGUACUGUCAGGGCUGAGGCUUGUUCCAAAGGGUGAGGAUGUGAUGAAAUGGGCAGUUUCAACUGAAGAGUUGACGAGCCUCUUUGUAUUCGAUUGA